AUGGGAAAGACUCGAGCGCUGCUCCUGCUGUGCGCCGCUGUCGUUGUUCCCAACAGUCUGAUUGUUGCUCCCGAUGCCCCAAACCCUGUGGUUCGUGAGGGCGGAUCCGUCAGACUCCUGUGCAACGUCUCCCGCAACUUCAUGGAGGGAAUUUACCUGUCUCUUACCUGGUCAGUCAAGAAGGGCUCAUCUCUGCUGGAGGACCUGCUGACCUUUGGUCCAGAUUUGGGCGUGACGGUUGGCGACGACUACACGCUGCGCUACACAGAUGGCGGGAUGCGGCUAGAAAUGGGAAACGGCGUCUCGCACAGUCUCGUGCUCUCCGGAGCGACGCCGGCCGAUCAGGGCAUGUACGUGUGCACAGCCAGACUGUGGACGAGAGAGCAGGGAGCCUGGAACCGCAUUCAGGAGAAGACCGUGGAGAUGGGAGAAGUGACUGUCACCCCUACAGCGAGCUCCCUCAGCGUCCAGGUUCAGGACGACAGCACACUGUCCACAGGAGAGACGCUGCUCCUCACCUGCUGGGUUUCUGCCGAAGCCUCGGUGGAUCUGGAGGUGGCGUGGCUGAUGAACGGCACGCGAGUUCUGGCCCGUCUGAGUCGUGACGGCGUGCUGACCAAUGCGUCUGAUGCGGUGGAUGUGAGGCGGCUGGGAAAGCGGGAUUUCCAGCUCAAGGUUCACGGUGUGGAGCUAUCUGAUGCAGGACUCUAUGCGUGUAAAGCGAGUGCGUGGGUUCAGCGCGACGGCGGACGAUGGGACCGGGCCGCGGAGAAGAUUUCGGACCCCGUACGCGUUCACGUUAUUAAGCAAAAUCCAGAUUACACUGUUGUUCUGAGCACAUCUGUGAACGCAAAGUUCUCCGGUGACCCGACAGAGCUGGAAUGCAAAGUCACAAAUGUGUCGAACCUUCGUAGCGGGCGGCUGGGAGUGUCGUGGCUGUACAGAGACGUUCAGCCCGGGGACGUCCCGGUAUCUACUCACACCAUCGCCUCACUGGAUGAGAAUGGCAACCUCGUGCCAGGCAAGAUGUACAAGAGCCGCGUGGAGGCGGGGCUUAUUACAGUGACCCGAACAGAACCUUCUGUGUUCAAGCUCCGCCUCCUUCGCACGACGGCCGCCGACGCCGGUGAAUACACGUGUGCUGUAACCGCAUGGGGACCGUCUCGACAUGGGAACUGGAAAAAGGUUGCCGAGCAUGUGACCCCAGCGCUGAAAGUCAGCUUUGCUAACAAGCGUCCUGUUCUCAGUGCCGCGGCCCGGCGUCUCCGUGAAGCUUCGGCUGCUGGCUCCACGUUUGAGAUGAGCUGCCAGGCUCACGUCCAGAACCUCCCGCCGGGAACCGCCUUCUCCAUCCUCAUCUUGUCCGAGGAGGCCGUCGUCGGGUCGCCCAGCCGCAAACUGGCCUCUCUGGGCCCUGAGAUGGUUCUGCAGCUGGAGGAAGACCGGGACCUGAUGCUGGUGAAGACCGGGAAGAGGGAGUUCCAGUUCCGGAUCCAGGCGGUGCAAGUGACCGAUCGUGGCUUUUACUGGUGUGAGAUGAAGGCCUGGACGAAGCAGCCCGGGGAAGACUGGGUUGAGAUGGCCAAAGGAGUGUCCAAUAAGGUUCAAAUCGAUUUCAUACACAAAGGUCCCACGUUUGAUGUGUCCACCAGUUCAGACACAACGAGUGUCUUCCCCUGGGAAACUGUGAAGAUGGAGUGUGACGUCAGUGUUAGCGGCACGUCUCCAACUACAGAUGAUGUAGCGUACGAGAUGAAGUGGUUUCUGAGUCGUCUGAGGGGCUCAAACAGCCCGUCCCUGCUAGCCAGUAUGGACCGCUGGGGUGUUGUGCACAAGGCUCCUCGCAACGACAGCAGCGACUGCAGCCUGGAGCGCCUGGGACCCAGAAAAUUCGCCCUGAACGUCCACAGCACACAGGACAGCGACGCGGGUGACUAUUACUGCACCGCAACACCCUGGAUCCACUCGACCGCCACCGGGGUCUGGAGCAAAGCGCCGGAGGUCUCCUCACAGAGAGUCUUCCUUAAUGUGAAGUUUGCAUUGUGGGACUCAAUGAAGCUGCCUUUGCUGUACGGCGUCUGUGCUUCGGUGACUGUAGGCGUCGUUUCUCUCGUCCUGGGCCUGGUCUGUGCUCACUGCUGCUGUAAAACCACCACACCUACUCCACGCUCUCGCAACAAACUCAUGGAGCUGGAGAUGGAUUGACAAAGACAGUACAGUUGUCCCCUGCCGAACUGGACGGCGUGGUGACAACUGAUGAACGCUGGGACGCGUCCCGUGAUGUUAUGCACCACCUGGAAGGAGAAACUACAAUCUCAGAGGAAAAAACUACUGAAUCAGAGUCAACGACCAGGGCGAACUACUCAAAAAUUGCACUAACCACAUUCUUAUAUCAGCUGGGUGCACGCUUUGUUGGAUUUAUGCACGUUUCGUCAUUGAAACAAGAAGAGAUACCUGACAAGAUCCGAGCAGGAUUUGACAGAUUGAAGGAUUAUAUUACUCUACAUCAAGCUCCAAAGAGAUCGUCUGCUUCCAGAUCAGGGUUUAAAGACACUCGUUUCUACCAUGAUUCUUCUGAGUGUGGUGCUACUCUCUUUUUGCAAGACACGGGAGGAGCUGAACCCAUGUCACUUUGUGAAAGAUGGCGUUUUAUCUGCGAUUCUGUGUUGUAAUGUAUGUACCGUUCAGUUUUGUUCUCCAACCCAUCCAGAGUUUACCAGCUCUCACCAACCCAUCACUCUAAAAGCUAACUAGUCAACCAUUAUCAACUGGUUGACUGUAAUGCGAUGGGCGGUCACACUAGAUUUGAAUAUAUGAUUUUUGAAGUAGUAUUUUUUAAAUAAUUAAUUUCUAAUAUUAAAAUAUAUCAUCUUCUUCUGUUUCCACAUUCCACGUCUGUUUAGCUAGCUAGCAACACCCUAGUAAUACCCCAGAACAACCUUCCAGAACUCCUUAACAACUGUUUAGAAACAUCCUAGGAAUUGAUCAGCAAUUCUGUAGCAAUAACUUUAAAAAUGUUACAACUAUCUAGCAAGAUUGGGGCAGUCGUGCACCAAUGGUUAGGGAGUCAGACUUG